AUGACUCCGAGAUCCAACAACAACCCAUCUCCCAGUGUUGGUCAACCCACACCACCAGCUGUUCCUUCCGUUACUACUGGGACUACUGCUGCCAACACCAACGACUCGGACAGCGACAAUCAACCCGAGGAACGUCCAACUCAUACUUCGGAAAUUGGAACCCUCAAAAAACUCCCCAACCAACAGACCGCCUGGCUAGGGAGCUCAUCCGGAGUCUACUUUGUCAAUACUGUCCGACGAGCUUUUUCCGCUGCCUUUGCCACUUCAAAUCUUGCUGGGCCUAAUGCUGUUCCUGCAAGCGAGGAUAUUCUCACCGGAGAGGAUGCAGAAGGGCGCUCAUACAAUGGUCCCCUCCAUGAUGGUCCAUCCACUACUGACCCAUUUCCCCAGCUCUUGGCCACUGGACUAGGGAAACCUCCGGACCAGAGAGUGGCUAUCGAAUUGGUCACUUCCUUUUUCACGACAUGGCACCCACUAUUUCCCUUCCUGCACGGUCCUAGCUUUAUCAAAGAUAUGGAAUCCAUCUAUAAACGCCAACGUCGCCCCUCCAAGCCAACAGCAGACAAUCCCACCCCUCAGGACAUACGGAAACUCUUGACCUUCCAAUUAAUCAUCAACAUCGCUUCCUUGGAUCGGACAGAUAUUCAUCUACCCAUUGAGUCUCGCAUCAAGUCCACUGCCGAUGUCAGCCGUAUGGCUGGUUGUCUUGCAUUGUCCCAUGACAUGGCAACCAUUCAAGCCAUCUUGGCCGCUGAACUCUACUUGGUCGCUACCUUGGCAAUUCGCCAAGCCAGCACCGUAGCGGGAAUCAUCGUUAAAUUGAUCUACCAUGCGGGGCUGCAUCGGUGCCCGCUGCGCUAUGCUCAGCUAUCCCUGGAGGAUUGUGAGAUCAGAAAACGCAUCUUCUGGUCUGCAUAUGCGCUAGACAGGCAUUGCAGUCUCAGCCUUGGCGACCCAAACACUAUUCAAGACGAUGACAUUGAUGUGUGCCUCUCUGGUCCUGAAUUGCACAAAACACUCCCUCGAGACAUCAUUCCAAAACCCGAUAUUGAAAUGGGAGUUCAUAUGCCACCGCCUCCGCUAGUUAGUGAGGAUCCGCGAGUUGCGAAUGACGACGGACCGGAAGCACGAGAAAAGCGUCUACGAGAAGCCGCCUUAACUGCAUAUGUGCAAUGGGGCAAAUUGACUGGCCAAAUCAUCGAGGUCUUCCACAAAAGUAUUAACCAUCGAUUUCCCAAACAUGAGCAAAUUCUGCGCUUGACAAGUGAUAUAGAGACAUGGUGGAAUGAUCUCCCGGGUUUUCUCAGUGGUGAGAAUGAAAUGGGAAGCAAUGAUCCCGUUCAUGAAGCCCCGGAAAAAGCUGGUAAUUCUACACAACAGCCUACUGGUAGAAAGGGAUCAGUCUCGGGGGAUACUGCUGCAAUUCCUACUUCUCAACAACAUCUAGCACCAUUCUUCAAAAUUCUCUACCACAGGCUAUUACUUCUUGUCAAUCGUCCACGUCUCUCACUUGAUCAAACGACGCCUGAAUUCCAACAUGGCUUGCAGGUGUGCAUUCGAGCAUCUCGUGGGGUUGUUGCCGGUCUCAAGGCGCACAAAAAACAUGGCCAGUCCAUGUUCCUUCCGGGACUUUUGUCAGCGGCGUGGAUGUCAGGCCUACUUAUCGCUUUCGCCUGCCAGCUAGGCAAGUACGCCAAAGCACGCGCACUGAGUGAUAUGCAGGCAUGUCUUACAUUACUUGAGAGCAUGAACCACAGAUGGUACACUGUGGGCAAUUGUCAUAAGGUAUUGAGUCUUCUCCUUGUGAAUAUUCAAGGUCGGAAGGCAUCUGUCAAUGGAUUUCUACAAACCAUCAAGGCUGUCGAGAGCCCACAGGCAACCAUUGAGUUUGAGGCCAAUGCCCCAAGCCGCAAACGACAACGUACAGGUGAUGAGACUAUGGCCUCACCAAGGAAAUCAUCUUUCACCGACUCUGCAACAAGCAGUCCUGUCCAAAAUCAUUCCACUGCAAAUCCUCCACGAUUGAGACAGCAAUCUUCAACCAACAACUCUACCCCGACUUGGACACCAUCCACAAUCUUCGAUCCUAACAACCCUUCCGCCCUGACCAACCCAACGGGUGGUCAACCUUCAGUGUUUGACUUUUCAAACUGGGACCGGGGUCAACCAACCACCCAACCACAAUUUGCCCCGAUGAUUGGAAGCGCGGUUUAUGCAACACCCCAGGAUCUCGCAUUCGCACAGAGCAACAUGAAUAUAGUUUCAGGGUCAGGGUUGAACGGUGGGGAACGGGGUCAAAGUGGAGCGGACGGGCCGCUAAACGACUAUUCAGAUCCCAUGUUCUGGGGUAACAUGGACUAUAAUGUGGCCGACAUUUUUGGAUCAGCAACUUGGGAGAACAUGACUGGUCCAUUUGGGCCGGGAGGUGGUGUCAAUUCAGGUUGGGAGGUCUAG